AUGGAGCCUCUCCGGCCCUUCCGCCUCCCCGGCCCCGGUCCCGCUCACCCGGGCAGGCUGCGGGGGCUCCCGGGACAAGCCCAGCGCCUGCCCCGGCCCGGCCCUCCGGAGUCCCGGCCCGCCGUGGCGCCUCUCUCUGCCCUGCUGUGCAGCCUAGGCCUGGGCGAGCGGCCCUGCCCCUCGCUGGAGGCCGGGGACUGGCCCCUCGGCCGCGGCACCAUGGUGGAGGCUCUGGCGCAGCCCAGCCCAGCGGUGGAGGAGGAGGAGGGGGCGGCGGCAGCACUCCCCACGCGCGGGCGGAUCCUGUGGCGAGGCAGAGGGGACAUGCUGCCUGCUCCCCCCGGGAGACAAGCCGCCGUGCCAUCCCACGGGAAGCCCUGCAUUGCCGCUGCACCCACCCUGCACCCGCCGGGACCCCGGCCCUCCCUGCCACCUGCGCCCACCCCAGGGACCCCCCCGGCUGCCGGCAGACCGGCACCGGUGGCUAAGGGAACUGCCUUAGCCUUGGGGCUGAACUUGGUUAAAAUCCACUGCCAGAACGAAGCCGUCUACCAGUACCAUGUCACCUUCAGCCCCGAGGUGGAGUGCAGGAGCGCCCGCUUUGCCAUGCUGAAGCAGCACCGGGCAGUGACGGGGGACGUGACCGCCUUCGACGGCACCAUCCUCUACCUGCCCAUCAUGCUCCCCCAGCCCGUCAGUCUGAAGGCUCAGCGGAGGAGCGACGGGGAGGAGAUCACCAUCACCAUCCAGAUAACCAAAGUCCUCGAGCCCAGCUCGGAUCUCUGCAUCCCCUUUUACAAUGUGGUUUUCCGGAGGGUGAUGAGAAUCUUAGAUAUGAAUCUGGUUGGGAGAAACUUCUUUGAACCUGCCCAGGCCACCGUAAUACAGCAUUACAGGCUGCAGAUUUGGCCGGGAUACUCCGUCAGCAUCCGGAAGAAGGACGGCGGCCUCUUCCUCUUGGUCGAUCCCAUCCACAAAGUCAUCCGCAGCGAUUCUGUUCUGAACUUCAUGCACACCAUCUACAAGCAAAGCCUCAGCAGCUUCCAGGACGAGUGCACCAAGCAGCUGGUGGGCAACGUGGUCAUCACCCGCUACAACAACCGCACUUACCGCGUCGACGACAUCGACUGGAACAAGACCCCGAGGGACAGUUUCACCCUGCUUAGCGGCGAGGAGAUCACCUUCGUGGAGUACUACAGCAAAGCCUACGGCAUCACCAUCAGGGAGCUGGACCAGCCGCUGCUCAUCCACAGGCCCAGGGAAAAACAGACACCGGAGGGGAAGCGUCGUCUGGACAUGGUGCUGCUCGUGCCGGAGCUCACCUUCAUGACCGGGAUCCCCGACACAAAGAAGGACAGUCGAAUGCUGAAGGACGUGAUGCGGGAGAUGCUGCAGAGCCCCAGGCAGCACUACGUGCGGCUCACCAGCCUCCUGCGCAGGAUCAAGGACAGCCCGGAGGCCUCGGGGGAGCUGAUGCGCUGGGGGCUCACCCUGGACCCAGACAUCCACAGGACCCAGGGCCGAAUCCUGCCCGCGGAGAGGAUCAACCUGCGGCACAGCUCCUUCCUGCCCGCCGAGGACCUGAGCUGGAACAAGGAGGUCACGCGAGAAGCUUCCAUCUCGGCGAUCGCCAUGAAUUACUGGCUGCUGGUCUACCCGAAGCGCCUGCAGGACCUGGCGAAGGAUCUGGUGGCGGCCAUGGAGAGCGUCUGCGGCCCCAUCGGCAUGCACGUCAGCCGGCCCGCCUUGGUGGAGCUGAAGGAUGACCGCAUCGAGACCUACGCCAAGACCAUCCGAAGCGUUUUGGGCAGCGAGGACAAGGUGCAGCUUCUCCUGUGCAUCAUCUCCAGCAGCCGGGAGGACUUGUACGGGGCCAUCAAGAAGCUGUGCUGCGUGCAGUCCCCGGUGCCCUCCCAGGUCAUCAACGCACAAUCCCUCAUGGGCCAGGCGGGCAAGAUGAGGAGCGUGGUCCAGAAAGUCCUGCUGCAGAUGAACUGCAAGCUGGGCGGCGAGCUCUGGGGGGUGGACAUCCCCCUGAAACAGCUGAUGGUCAUCGGCAUGGACGUCUACCACGGCCACAGCAAAGGGAUGCGCUCCGUCAUCGGCUUCGUGGCCAGCAUGAAUCACGUCCUCACCAAGUGGUACUCCAGGGUGGUCUUCCAGAUGCCCCACCAGGAGAUCGCCGACAGCCUGCGGCUCUGCCUGGCCGAUGCCCUCCAGCAUUUCCACGAGAUGAACCACUGCUUGCCCAAGAAGAUUGUGGUGUACAGGGACGGCGUGUCCGACAGCCAGCUCGACACCGUGCUCAAGUACGAGAUCCCCCAGAUGCAGAAGUGCUUCGACACCUUCGAGAACUACGAGCCCAGCAUGGUGGUCGUGGUGGUGCAGAAGCAGAUCAGCACCAAUUUCUACGCCCUGAGGGCAGAGCAGUUCGCCUCCCCUCCUCCGGGAACGGUCAUCGACCACACCAUCACCAGUUCGGACUGGCAGGAUUUCUUUUUGUUGGCCCAUUGCUCCCGCCAAGGCUGCAGCAUCCCCACGCGCUACAUCUGCGUGCUGAACACGGCCAACCUCAGCUACGAGCACCUGCAGAGGUUGACUUUCAAGCUCUGUCACCUCUACUGGAACUGGCCGGGCACCGUCCGGGUCCCCGCGCCCUGCAAAUACGCGCACAAGCUGGCCUUCCUCUCGGGACAGGUCCUGCACCACGAGCCCGGCGCCCAGCUCUGCGACAAGCUCUUCUUCCUAUAACCGGGGGCGGGGAAAAAAACCCCAUUUUGGGGGGUUUGGCUCCCCCAGCCGCUGCCGUUAAAGUCUCCCGCGAGAGGCGCUUUCUUCCCUGAAGUAUGGGUUGGGUUUUUUUAUUUAUUUAUUUAUUCUUUAAUUUGAAUUCUGGUUUCUUGGGUUCGUUUUUAUUGGUUUUAAAAGGAUGCUCGGAAGGGCGCCGGGGCGAUGGCCUCUCGGGCUUUAUCUCCGUAGGAAUGAACCCGCGGCAAAACCUCGUUUGCCGCGGGGCCGCCAGCCUCUGCCCGCUGGUUUCCAGUCCUCCCAGUAAAGGGGUUUGAGUAAAUGAGCCCCGCAGCGGAGGCUGCAGCUCAUCCCUGCGCAUCCCCCCGCCCCAGGGGAGUUUUGGAUGCAAAACUCAAUGAUUUUUGGGAUUUAUUUGCUCCCCCCACAAUCUCUCGCAUUGCCAUUGAGGCAGUUUAGAAUUUGCCUUUGUUUUUCCGAGCUCCUGUUGAACAAACCCAGCUCCGGUUCAGCUGCUUGUCACUGGUUUUCCGAGGGGAAACCGUUAUUAUUUUUAAUUUUUUGUUAUUCUGUGGGGCUGGUAGGAGAGCAGGUCCCUAUCCCAAGGGAAAAGCGUGUGUUUGAGUUUUCAGCUAUUUCAGGUGUUUCUUUGCUGGGGUCAAGAGAUGUUGGAGACCUUUGUGUUUAAAAUUGUCGGGGGGCUGCGAGAGCAUCCCCCAAAUCACCUGCAUUUCGCCUCGUGCCUCCCACCCCCUGCCUUGUGCCAACACCAGCAGGGAUUGGGGGUACAGCGGGAGCCUCCUCCCAGCCUCUCCCUUCCCUUUUAAUGCAAAAAAAGUUGAAAAUAUUUAAUAACUUUUUUUUCCCUGUAACUAGUUUUCAAUUAACUUCAAUAAAAGUG